AUGUCUCCGACAGCUGCGCCAUUUUUGAUGAAGACCUAUGAGAUGGUGGAUGAUUCUAUGACUAACGAUGUGAUUUGCUGGGGUGAAAAUGGCGACAGUUUUAUUGUGGUGCAACAUGCUGAGUUUUCUAGGGACUUGCUUCCAAAAUAUUUCAAGCACAACAAUUUCUCAAGUUUUGUUCGUCAACUCAAUACAUAUGGAUUUCGAAAAAUUGUUUCUGACAAAUGGGAAUUCGCCAACGAGAAUUUCAAGCAAGGGCGGAAAGAGCUACUGCCAGCAAUCAAGCGUCGGAAGAGUCAAUCAUAUGUAGCCAUAGGAUCCGUUGGUGUCCAUGGAAAUUCAGCAUCGAAUUCCGGUCCCAAUGACAUGGACUCGACCUUGACAGGAUUAGGAUCAAUGGAACGAAAUAUUCAUCGCGCUAAUUUAUCAAUGGAAAACGAGAACCUGAAGAAGGACAACGAGAAACUUAAGUGUCAAUUGGCUCUCAAGAAGAAACAAUGCGACCAACUAAUCGCAUUUCUUCGUGACAAUGUCAAUAUUGGGCCUGAUCAGAUUAACUGUGUCAUUAGGCAAGGAACGAGCGGGUCCAGUCUUGAUGCGGAGCGUGCUGAUGAUGGUGUUGUAGGUGAUGAAGGGAAAUGUAAGGGUGAAGAGGGUGUGAAGCUGUUUGGAGUUUGGAUGAAGGGUGGUGGAGAAGGGAAAAACAAAGUGAAGACUGAAAAUGGUCAGGGAAAGUGUCGCAAGAGGGGACAUGAAGAGGAAAUUGGUGGUGAAAACAAGGAGUUACAGAUUGAUAUUUAG